CAAUCGGCUGCAAGGUACCCAAGGUGCAGAAUGGGGAGGUCCAUGGGAUGCAAAGCACCUACAAAGCUGGAGAGACUCUUCACUUUGGCUGCAAUGCCGGUUACGCUGCAGAGGACACCUACGAGGCUCAGUGCCAGCCGGGGGGCACCUGGGAUCCGCCGGCGCUCAUCUGUGAGAAGGUCCGACCAUGCCCCAUGCCUCCGGAGGUCCGCAACGGAAAUCACAAUGGCCAGGAGCUGAUGUGUCCUCGGCCACCAAACAUCGCCAACGGGCAGCACAGCGGAGAGUCCUUGCACAGGUUUUCCCAGAGAGCGACCGUGUACUACAGCUGCAAGGAUGGCUACGAGCUGGUCGGGAACGUGUCCAUCAACUGCAUGGAGACUGGGGUGUGGAGCAGGCCCGUGCCCCUCUGCAAAGCAAUCGGCUGCAAGGUACCCAAGGUGCAGAAUGGGGAGGUCCAUGGGAUGCAAAGCACCUACAAAGCUGGAGAGACUCUUCACUUUGGCUGCAAUGCCGGUUACGCUGCAGAGGACACCUACGAGGCUCAGUGCCAGCCGGGGGGCACCUGGGAUCCGCCGGCGCUCAUCUGUGAGAAGGUCCGACCAUGCCCCAUGCCUCCGGAGGUCCGCAACGGAAAUCACAAUGGCCAGGGCAAAUCCUUUUUUACCAUGGGAAUGUCUGUAACAUACACCUGCAAUCCUGGCUACUACCUGGUUGGAAAUGCCGUUGCAUUUUGCAGGGCGUCUGGGAACUGGAGCCAGCCAGGCGCUCGCUGUGAAGUGACCAUCUGCAUAAAUCCAGAUAUAGAGAAUGGAAGGCAAGUCGAUGGUCAAGGACUUAUCUCUGCACCUGGGCAAAUGGUGACAUUUCAGUGUCACAAUGGUUACAGCCUGCAAGGCAGUGCUAAAAUCUUCUGCCAGGAGGAUGGCAGCUGGCACCCUCCUGUUCCCGUCUGUGACAGGCUGUACCACUACCAGGAGCUCUCCAACAGGCCUGAACUUCCAGGUAUCCCUUGUGAGCCACCGCCCGACAUUCCCAACGGGAAGCACACGGGCAAGCUGCUGGAUGAAUUCCUCUUCGGCACAUCUGUAACGUACAGCUGCAAGCCCGGGUACCCGCUCCACGGAGAGCCCUCCAUCUACUGCACCACCUGGGAUGGGGAGAACGGCGUGUGGAGCGGGCCCCCCCCGCACUGCGGAGAGGUGAAGUGUCCUCCCCCUCCAGCCAUCGCCAACGGGAAGCACAGCGGCCAGCCCUCGGACACCCACCUUCCAGGCUCAGCUGUGCAGUACACCUGCAGGGAUGGCUACUCCCUCAUUGGGAAUGGCUCCAUCAGCUCAACUGGCUGCAAAAGACCAGAGAUCAAGAACGGAAGAACGACUGGGCUGGAGACCGUGUACAGACUCGCAGAGAUUGUUAUCUUUGAAUGCGAUUUUGGUUACGCCUUGAAGGGCUCUCAAGAGUCUCAGUGCCAGUUUGGGGGCACAUGGGACCCUCCUGUCCCCAUCUGUGAAAAGAUGCUACAGUGUCCUUCCCCUCCAAAUAUCAAAAAUGGCAAGCCUGAGAGCAAGGAUAUGAAAGUGUUCAUCCCUGGAACAUCAGUGAAGUACCACUGUGACCCGGGGUACGUCCUCACUGGGAAAACAACAGUUUCUUGUUUGACAUCUGGAACCUGGAGCAUCCCUUACCCGCGGUGUGAAGCGAUCACCUGCACAAGCCCCACCAUCCAGAAUGGAGAUGUGGCUGAAGGACAGAGCGCUGUGUACCGUCCCGGGGCCAACAUCACCUUCCAGUGCCGGCCGGGCUACGUGCUGCGGGGGAGCCGCAAAGCUGGCUGCGGGACACCAACAACAUUACUGUUUGCUGAGCUAAACAAGCAGUAUAAAAAUCAGACGGAGUUUCCUGUUGGGAAGACUGUGAAGUACACUUGUCGGCCUGGAUAUGCAAAACAUCCACAGAUAUCACCAACUCUUACGUGUCUUGAAAAUCAAACGUGGUCUGAAGCCCAGGAGUUUUGCAAACGGAGAAAGUGUAAUCAUCCAGGAGAACCGGUGAACGGCAGACUUAUUGUUACAACGGAUCUCUUCUUUGGGUCAACAGUGAAUUACACCUGCAAUGAAGGGCACAGGCUGGUUGGAGUGUCCCAGCGGCAGUGUGUGAUUUCGAGCUCUGGGACGCGAGUGAGGUGGAGCGGUGAUGUUCCCAUCUGCCAGAGUAUCCCUUGUGAGCCACCGCCCGACAUUCCCAACGGGAAGCACACGGGCAAGCUGCUGGAUGAAUUCCUCUUCGGCACAUCUGUAACGUACAGCUGCAAGCCCGGGUACCCGCUCCACGGAGAGCCCUCCAUCUACUGCACCACCUGGGAUGGGGAGAACGGCGUGUGGAGCGGGCCCCCCCCGCACUGCGGAGAGGCAACGUGUCCCGUCCCGCGCAUCCAGAAUGGGAGAAUAGUGUCUCCUAGGACUGCCUACGCACACAAGGACACCAUCGCCUUUGAGUGUGAGCCAGGCUAUGUUCUACGUGGCCACGGAGUGGUACAAUGCCAACUGAAUAACACCUGGGAGCCACCCGUGCCAGUCUGCGAGCAGGCUGGCUGCAAUGCACCUACCAGCCUGGCGUUUGCUGAGCUGAAGGAGCCGUACAGCAACCAGACCGUCUUUCCCGUGGGGAGGACGGUGGAAUACGUGUGCCGGCCUGGCUACGCCCAGCACCUGGGGAUGCCGCCGGCCAUCACAUGCCUCAGGAAUCGGACGUGGUCCGUGGCACUGGAGUUCUGUAAAAGGAAACAAUGUGCUAACCCCGGGGAUCCGCAGAACGGCAGAGCUGUUGUCCUGACCGACCUCCUCUUCGGGUCCAAAGUGAAUUACACGUGCGAGAUAGGACACAGCGGGCACUUGACGGACACCUUCUCCUAUGCGGACGUGGUCACCUACACCUGCGACGCCGGCCACCCGCUGUCUGGAGAGCCCUCCAUCUUCUGCACCACGGCGGACGGGGAGCAUGGCGUGUGGAGCGGGCCGCCGCCACGGUGCGGAGGCACCGACUGGUCGGACAGUCUCAUAGGCGAUGUGAGAUUUUUGGACCAGAUGUCGCAUGGAGUGGUGUUCUUCCCAUUUGUCAGAGUAAUAGUGAAGUGUCGGCCCCCUCCAAGCAUCGCUAAUGGGGAACACAGCAGUCCUUUAUCAGACACUUUUGAUGUAGGAACACUUGUGCACUACCACUGCAAACACGGCUUCUCCCUCAUUGGGAAUAAGUCUGUUCAUUGUACAGCAUACGGAGUCUGGAGCCAUCCCCCUCCUCGGUGCGAAGUGCUGCACUGUUCCAAGCCUGCAGAUAUCGCCCACGGGUCUCUCAGUGGCCCAGCAAAAGCAUUUUUCACUCCUGGAACAUCUGUAAGAUACACCUGUGAGCCCGGCUUCUCUCUCAUUGGGACUGCAUCCAUUUCUUGCACAGAGUCUGGAGCCUGGAGCCAUCCUUCUCCGAUCUGUCAAGUUGUGAGGUGUCUCCAUCCUCCAAACAUCACCAACGGGAAGCUCAAAGGCAACAUCUCUGACUCUUUUUCCUAUGGAGCAUCUGUAUCCUACAGCUGUAAUCCUGGUUAUUCACUUGUUGGGAAUGCUUUCAUCAACUGCACGGUGUCAGGAACCUGGAGCCAGCCUGCUCCUCGGUGCAAAGAGAUCAGAUGUGUAUUCCCAGAAGUUCAAGGUGUUAAGAAAGCCAUAAAAGGAAAUACUUAUCGCUCUGGGACUAACAUCACUCUUGAAUGUGAUGAUGGUUACACCUUGGAAGGUAUCAGUCAGAUUCAGUGCCAAGAGGACUUCAGCUGGGACCCUCCCGUACCGGCCUGCAAACUGACGUCACGCAAGUCUGGCUCAGUAGGCCUAGGAGUCGCAGCUGCAGCAGUCCUGCUUCUCCUGGGGGCAGGCAUUGUCUGGAAAAUUAUUUCUAAGCAGAAGGAAGGCUAUUAUCACACAUAUGAAAACUACAAUUACCAAACCCCUCCGAAUGAGAUAACUGAACAGAAAUGUUCAUGUCUUCCACAGAAGAUUGCGUAUUGCUUUUUCCUUCCUCUUACUCUGACAGACACGUGUAUGCCUCCAGAGAGGCUGCAAUAUGCAGAGCUUGAGGAGAGCACGGUGGAGAGCUUUCCAGUUGGAACCACGGUGUCGUAUGUCUGUCGGCCGGGGUAUAUAAGAAUCCCUGGAAAAUCAUUAACUCGUACAUGUGGAGUUCCUUGUGAACCGCCUCCAAGCAUAGCCAAUGGGCGCUACACGGAAGCAGAUAGCUAUGUUUAUCAAACAGCAGUAACCUAUACGUGUGAUAACGUACCAAAAGGCGCAGAUCCCUUCUCGCUGAUUGGCCCGGCUACUAUUUUCUGCACGUAUGAUGCACAGUCAAAUGGAGUUUGGAGUGAACCACCUCCACAAUGUGCGUAUAUUACGGCCAUCAUCUGUGUGAUUGUGGCAGUUGUGGUGUUCCUGGCAGCCUUCUGGGUCUAUAAGAAAUUCUUUUCACAAAAUGGGUGA